GCGAUUAGGAGGGAGGAUAUAAAAGCACAAAUUGGACAAAGCGUGUCACUAAAUUCAGGAGAAGAAGCAGCUGUGAGMAGAAGCGUUGAAGUUUUCAGAGGAAAGACACUCAUCAGAAAUGAACGCCAGCCCUCCUGCAGGAAGCGCCCUGGCCCCUGGUGGAGCCACCGGCCCCACCACACCAAAGAAGGGCCCACCCAAGUUCAAACAGAGGCAGACUCGUACAUUCAAGAGCAAGGCUCCCAAACCAGGCCAGAAGGGCUUUGGUGACGACAUCCCCGGCAUGGAGGGUCUUGGCACAGACAUCACAGUGGUGUGCCCAUGGGAGGCCUUCGGUGACAUGGAGCUGAGCGACUUGGCCAAAUAUGGCAUCAUUUAACCCCUCCUGACCUGUUCCCUGUGAUCCUCUCCAUCCUGCCUUCUGCUUGUCAGCUCGGCUCGCCGCGAUAAGGCCGCCGGUGUCCCCUAACGCCCUCUUUUCUGUCUGUCUCACACGAUACUCCACUAUGUGGACAUGACUAUUUUUAUAUUAUUAUUAUAUGAUACUGUUUACAGUAUAUACUGUAUAUACUUGAAACGAGAAGACGAGAAGAGAAAAAAACCCACCUCCCUUCAUCCUGACCCAUGUGAAGUAGCUCGCCUGACCUUUCUGCUGUCUCCACCCGUCCCUGAAAACCCACGGCGAUGGAAGCCAAACGUUAGCUCAGGACCAGCUUGUAUUUGCUCCUAGCUGUUUGAUAAAAAUGUAAAUAACAUGUUCUCAGAGUUGUCUUCCUUUUGUACGUCCCUCCUCUUUUAUUCUGAAUUUCUAUGACUGAAGCUGGAAACAUCAAAGCGAUGGAGGUUAAUUGUGYAAAAUGCUGGACUUUCACACCAUCAUGGGAGAGGAUCUUUGUCUCCCAUCGUCCUCGCUGUUAAUUGAACCCAGGACCYUCCUCUCAGAGAAAAUAAAGACAUACUGUGUGUGUUUGUACAAUCCUACAGCGUGUACUGCAAAAUGUACUGAUMGCUGCAGUAAAAUGUGUCUAUUUUUAGUACCUUU